AUGGAGGAUGCCUAUUCCAGAUCUGUCUCUGAGGUUUUGGAGUUCUUCGCCGUGGACCCAAGUAAAGGCCUGACUGAUUUCCAGGUGGCAGAACAUGCUAGAUUAUAUGGAAAAAACGUGCUGCCUCAAGAAGAAAGCACUCCUUUUUGGAAACUGGUGCUGAAGCAAUUCGAUGAUUUGCUUGUCAAGAUUUUAAUUGCAGCUGCCAUAGUCUCCUUCUUUUUGGCAUUGGCUAAUGGAGAGACAGGCUUAUCAGCAUUCUUGGAGCCUUCGGUUAUCCUUAUGAUAUUGGCUGCUAAUGCAGCUGUAGGAGUAAUCACAGAAACGAAUGCUGAAAAGGCCCUUGAGGAAUUACGUGCAUACCAAGCUGAUGUUGCUACCGUCCUGCGAAAUGGUUGCUUCUCAAUAUUACCUGCGACAGACCUUGUCCCUGGGGAUAUUGUUGAGGUCAGCGUGGGAUGCAAAAUUCCGGCAGAUAUGAGAAUGAUAGAAAUGUUAAGUGACCAUUUACGCGUUGAUCAAGCAAUACUUACAGGCGAGAGCUGUUCAGUCGAAAAAGAGCUGGACAUCACCAAUGUAACAAAUGCAGUAUAUCAAGACAAGACAAACAUUCUUUUCUCGGGAACAGUUGUUGUUGCUGGAAGGGCAAGAGCUGUUGUUGUUGGAGUUGGCUCUAACACUGCAAUGGGAAGCAUACGAGAUUCUAUGUUGAAAACUGAAGAUGAAGUGACACCACUGAAGAAGAAGUUGGAUGAAUUUGGUACUUUUUUGGCUAAGGUUAUUGCGGGAAUAUGUGUGUUGGUUUGGGUCGUGAACAUUGGUCAUUUUCGGGAUCCUGCUCAUGGUGGCUUCUUGCAAGGCGCAAUACAUUACUUCAAGAUUGCUGUGGCUCUUGCCGUUGCAGCCAUUCCUGAAGGGCUUCCUGCUGUUGUUACAACGUGUCUGGCUCUUGGAACAAAACGAAUGGCUCGUUUAAAUGCUAUAGUAAGGUCCUUGCCAUCAGUAGAGACCUUAGGUUGCACGACAGUGAUUUGCAGUGACAAAACUGGUACUCUGACUACCAAUAUGAUGUCUGUUUCAAAGAUAUGUGUACUUCAUUCUGAAAAUCAUGGUCCCCUGGCUGCUGAAUACAAUGUCAGUGGCACAACAUAUGCACCAGAAGGUUUUAUCUUUGACAGCAUGGGGGUUCAGCUUGAAAUUCCUGCACAAUUUCAUUGUCUUCUUCAUAUAGCAAUGUGCUCAGCCCUCUGCAAUGAGUCUGUUAUUCAGUACAACCCAGAAAAAAGGAUUUAUGAAAAGAUUGGCGAGUCUACUGAAGUAGCGCUUCGGGUAUUAGCUGAAAAGAUUGGUCUUCCUGGUUUUGAUUCUAUGCCUUCGGCUCUUAAUAUGCUAAGCAAGCAUGAAAGGGCGUCCUACUGUAACCGUUAUUGGGAAGACCAAUUCAAAAAGGUCUCACUGUUGGAGUUUUCUCGUGAUCGCAAAAUGAUGAGUGUCCUUUGUAACCGGAAGCAGAUAGAUAUUAUGUUCUCAAAAGGUGCUCCCGAGAGUAUUCUUCCUAGAUGCACGAGUGUUCUAUGCAAUGAUGAUGGUUUGACCGUUCCACUUACGCCAAAUAUUAGAGCUGCAUUGGAAUCAAAAUUCCACAGUUUUGCAGGGAAAGAAACUUUAAGAUGCCUGGCACUAGCAUUGAAAAGGAUGCCCACAGGACGACAGGCUCUUUCCCUUGACGAUGAGAAUGACCUUACAUUUAUUGGGUUGGUUGGAAUGCUUGAUCCCCCAAGGGAGGAAGUGAGAAAUGCCAUUAUUUCUUGCAUGACAGCCGGUAUACGCGUUAUAGUUGUUACUGGAGACAACAAGAUCACUGCUGAAUCAUUGUGCCGAAAAAUUGGUGCCUUUGAUCACUUGGAUGACUUUGUGGGACUUUCUUACACUGCUUCUGAGUUUGAAGAACUUUCAGCAAUGCAGAAGACACUGGCAUUGCAACGAAUGACACUUUUCACCAGGGUUGAGCCAUCACACAAAAGGAUCCUUGUUGAAGCACUACAGCACCAAAGUGAAGUGGUUGCAAUGACUGGAGAUGGAGUUAAUGACGCACCUGCAUUGAAGAAGGCAGACAUUGGAAUUGCCAUGGGUACAGGAACUGCAGUUGCAAAGAGUGCUGCAGAUAUGGUUUUGGCAGACGACAAUUUUGCCACAAUCGUUGCAGCUGUUGCAGAGGGAAGGGCUAUAUACAAUAAUACAAAGCAGUUCAUCAGAUACAUGAUCUCUUCAAAUAUUGGUGAAGUAGUUUGCAUUUUUGUGGCCGCACUACUUGGUAUCCCAGACACUCUUGUGCCUGUCCAGUUGCUUUGGGUAAAUUUGGUCACUGAUGGUUUGCCUGCCACUGCUAUUGGAUUUAAUAAACAAGACUCUGAUGUCAUGAAGGCUAAACCUCGCAAGGUUAAUGAAGCAGUUGUCAGUGGUUGGCUGUUCUUUCGUUAUUUAGUUAUUGGAGUUUAUGUUGGGAUUGCUACUGUUGCGGGAUUCGUGUGGUGGUUUGUUUACUACGACAAUGGUCCUAAACUGCCUUAUGCGGAAUUGAUGAAUUUUGACAGUUGUACAACAAGGGAAACAAAUUACCCAUGCUCAGUGUUUAGUGAUCGGCAUCCAUCCACUGUUGCAAUGACGGUACUUGUUGUGGUUGAGAUGUUCAAUGCAUUAAACAACCUCAGUGAGAAUCAGUCCCUCUUUGUCAUUCCUCCUUGGAGUAAUUUAUGGCUCGUUGGUUCAAUUGUCCUGACAAUGCUCCUUCACGCGCUCAUUCUGUAUGUGCAACCAUUAUCUGUUCUUUUCUCUGUGACCCCGUUAAGUUGGACUGAAUGGACUGUUGUAUUUUAUCUUUCAUUUCCUGUAAUUAUAAUUGAUGAGAUACUGAAGUUCUUCUCGAGAAAUUCUAGUGGCAUGAGACUCAAUUACAGAUUCAGGAGAGUGGAUCUUCUACCAAAAAGAGAAGUGCGCGACAAGUAA